UAGUAGGCUGUAGCUGGCCUGCACUGCACGCCUGGAGUCGUGCAGCCAGAAAGGCAAGGCUGCACACUUGCUGCCGCUCUCGCCUCCCCAUACUCAGUACAGUAGCUAGGAAGAAGGCAAGGGAAGGGCAUGGCGACGCUGCCGGACCUGGGUGUGUCCGCCUUCAUCAACAUCUUGGGCGCCUUCGUCUUCCUCCUCAUCUUCGCCGCCCUCCGCCUCCAGCCCAUCAACGACCGCGUCUACUUCCCCAAGCUCUACCUCACUGGCCAGCGACGCCACCACCCUCACCCUCAUGGCUUCGUCAACCUCGACCUCUGCUCCUACCUCCGCUUCCUCGCCUGGGUCCCCGGCGCCCUCCGCAUGUCCCAGCCCGACCUCAUCCACCACGCCGGCCUCGACUCCGCCGUCUACCUCCGAAUCUACACGCUCGGCCUCAAGAUAUUUUUGCCCAUCAUGACUGUCGCCUUGCUGGUUCUUAUUCCAGUUAAUGUCUCUGGUGGCACGUUACUUAAUUUACGAAAAGAAAUUGUCUUUAGUGAUAUUGAUAAGCUUUCCAUAUCAAAUGUCAACCCUGGAUCCAACAGGUUCUUUAUCCAUCUAUUAAUGGCAUAUGUGUUCACUUUUUGGACUUGCUUUAUGCUAUACAAAGAGUAUAGCAAUGUGGCAUUUAUGAGAUUGCACUUCCUGGCUUCUCAGAAGCGUUGUGCUGAUCAGUUCACUGUGAUUGUUAGAAACAUACCUCAUGUUUCAAGCCAUUCAACAUCUGAAACAGUGGAUGAAUUCUUCCGUAGGAAUCAUCCAGACCACUAUCUUGGUCAGCAGGCUGUUUAUAACGCAAACAGGUAUGCUAAACUUGUGAAGAAAAAAGAGAGGCUUCAAAACUGGUUGGAUUACUACCAGCUGAAGUUUGAAAGGCAUCCUGGAAAAAGACCAAUUGGAAGGACAGGGUGCCUUGGUUUCUGCGGUAGAGAAGUGGAUCAAAUCGACUAUUACCGUGCUAGAAUCAGCGAGCUUGAUAAGAAGCUUGCAUCUGAGCGUCAAAGAGUUCUCAAUGACCCAAAAGCUGUUAUGCCAGUUGCUUUUGUGACAUUUGACUCGAGAUGGGGAGCUGCUGUAUGUGCACAGACACAACAGUCAAAGAAUCCUACCCAAUGGCUAACUGAUUGGGCUCCUGAACCGCGGGAUGUAUAUUGGCAGAAUCUUGCCAUUCCAUUUUUCUCUCUCAGUAUCCGCAAGUUCCUGAUAUCCAUUGCAGUUUUUGCUCUGGUGUUCUUCUACAUGAUACCUAUAGCUUUUGUGCAAUCACUUGCCAAUCUUGAGGGUAUUGAAAAAGUUGCACCUUUCCUAAGGCCUGUGAUAGACACACCAGUGGUGAAAUCCUUCCUGCAGGGUUUCCUUCCGGGUUUGGCUUUGAAGAUUUUUCUGUAUAUCCUCCCAACGGUUUUGAUGAUUAUGUCAAAGGUUGAAGGUUAUGUGUCUUUAUCAUCUCUGGAAAGGAGGGCUGCUUCAAAAUAUUACUACUUCAUGCUGGUGAAUGUAUUUCUUGGAAGCAUAAUCGCUGGCACAGCUUUUGAACAGCUAAAUGCAUUUUUCCAUCAGCCACCUUCACAAAUACCAAGGACCAUUGGAGUAGCUAUACCAAUGAAAGCUACAUUUUUUAUGACAUACAUAAUGGUUGACGGGUGGGCUGGCAUCGCGAACGAGAUUCUUCGAGUGAAGCCGCUGGUGAUAUACCACCUGAAGAACAUGUUUAUUGUGAAGACGGAGCGGGACAGGGAGAGGGCAAUGGAUCCGGGCAGCAUUGGGCUUGCAGAGAACCUCCCAUCACUGCAGCUGUAUUUUCUUCUUGGGCUUGUGUAUGCUGUGGUCACCCCCAUUCUCCUCCCUUUCAUUAUCAUCUUCUUUGCCUUCGCUUUCCUCGUGUACAGACACCAGAUCAUCAACGUGUACAACCAAGAAUACGAGAGUGCUGCUGCGUUUUGGCCUCAGGUGCACUCUCGCAUAAUAGCGAGCUUGCUGAUCUCGCAUGUAACUCUGUUUGGGCUGAUGAGCACCAUGAAGGCUGCCUACUCCACCCCGCUGCUUAUCUUUCUGCCACUCCUCACCAUAUGGUUCCACAAGUACUGCAAGAGCCGUUUCGAGCCUGCUUUCCGCAAGUACCCUCUAGAGGAAGCGAUGGAGAAGGACAAUCUGGAGCGCACGUCGGAGCCAAACCUGAACCUCAAAUCGUACCUGCAGAACGCUUACCUGCACCCCAUUUUCCACAUGUUUGAGCAGCAGCAGCAGCAGGAGCAGGAGCAGCAACGGGAGGAGAAGGUAGAGGUGCGAAUCGACAAGGCGCAGCAACAUCAUCAUCGGCAGGUAGAGGAGGAAGAGGAGGAGAGCAAGAGCAGCCAGGCUACAACACACUACUACCACCAUCACCAUGAGCAGACCACAACGACGACACACCACCAUUACCAUCAGCAUGAGCAUAUGAGCCACUACCACAUGGGCCCCUCCGACACAGCUGACUCACCCUCGCCGCCGCACUUUGUCUACCAUUAUGGCGUCGACCCUUGAUAAUCGCCCAGAUAGUCUCUUAGCUUCUGAAUCACUAGAUUGUUUGUUCUUUUGUUUUUUCCUUUUGUCAAUUGGGGGUGAUAUUUUUAUUCCUCUAAUUAACGACCGACUGGCUGCUGAUAAUUAUUUAAUGAUCUGUUGUAAAUGCGAAUAUGUGAGUUGAUUGAGUGUGUAUAUGCACGUAAAUCGGAAAAAUUCCAAUUUGACUCCCUCGAA